AUGAAUUCUCCUCCAAGGAUGAAAAAGCACUUUCAUUUUUCAACUACCUCCUCAUCUUCUUCCUCUACCGAUGAUGUUGCACAACAUGGGUUAACCCCUCUUAUUAUGGUAACUGCUAAACCAAUGAUCCAAGAUAAUUCAAUGCCUCUUUCUCCUCAAUUUGAGACUGUUCCUUUUACUCUAAAUCCUAUGAUGAAUGUUGCAUUUCAUCAGGUUGUUGUUCCAAAUGUUCCUUUAAAUGUUGUCUACCCUAGAUCUUACUUUAAGGGAGAGGUUUCUCAAGAGGUUCCUCAAGGAACUGAUAGUUACUUUGACUCUGACAAUUAUCAGCUCAGUCCUCGAAAGAGGAAGGCUUCCAUUUCAGGGGGAACUCAUGAAAUUGAAGUUGGAAGCUCUACUACCUUUGAUCCUUCAACAUCUCCUCCUAAAAUGAAAAGCAAACUCAUCUUUGAUCUAAAUGAAUUGUCAGAAUCAUGGAGGUUACCCAUUGAGGAAGUGAAGAAAAUUUUCAAUAAUAGUGUGAAGAAACAACACAUUGUUGUAGAUCUGAAUGACCAAAUUGAUAGGAAGAAGUCUAGAGAUGUUCUUACUCACGGGUUAAAGCCUAAUCCCAUUAUCAAAGUGAGAUGCAACAAACCAAGAAACGAGUCCUUAAAGCUUCACUUGAAAUUAUCAAACAAACACAAGGGUAAUCAUGCUCAGGAAGUUAAGCUGGCAAUUCAGCACCUUCUCAAUAAAGUUAAGAAGCUAAACCUUGUACGAGCAGCUAGUCCGUCUAGAUUGUCAUCCUCAAGAAGAACAGGUGCUCUAAGACAGUCCAAGAAUAAAAAGUUUCUUCUUCCUUAUGGAAAUCGGGAUUUGGUAGGUGGUCAGGGAUUUAUGUUCUUGAGUAUUUGUAAAUUCGUUCAAGCCGGAUAG